AAUAGAUAUGUGUAAUAAAUAUUUUGAUUUGUUUAUCACAACUCAUUUAUGUCAACUUUGCCUUGUUGUUCACAGUAAUCAAGCAGAAGUGAGUAAAAAGUAUGGACCGUAGUUGAAUAUGCUGCUGCGUGUGUCAUUCGGUGGGGAGCAGAAGUAUGUUAGGCUGUCUGACCUAACAUUGGAUGCCUUCAUGAAAGAAGUGUGUCUCAAAUUUAACAUACCAGAAGGUAGGCAGCCAGAUAUGAAGGUAUUUGACCAAUCUGACACAGAAGUUGACGGAGAGGUCUUUGAAGAAAUAGUGAAGGAGUCACCUGGAACGUUCCGAGUCGUGUUGAGCAAUGAAGAACUUGAUGCUUCUCUGUCAUUAUCAUCAUGCUCAGCAGCAUGUGAAGAUACUAUCAUUCUGAACUUCACAAUGUGUGACCCUCCUGAAGAAGCAGCCGUUGCCGAAGGAAGUCAACCUAAAAGGCCAUGCCACAUAAACUGUGAGGCAAAAGAGUUGAUUGAAAAAAUCCUCACUACAAAGCCUGGCGGUGAACACAUCAUGCAAGAGACAUCCCCCCCUAAAAAUGUCAGGGUGAUGUACGCACAGGGGAUAGUUGCUUUGUUUCCACAUCUGGAAGACCCAUAUUCACAACAUGGAUAUGAACAUUACUAUGAUCCAGAGAGUGGUUCUGGAUACCUUGCAUGGCGGUUGAAGACCAUUCAAAGAAAAACUGCAGAGGAAAGAGGUGCUUCUGCCAGUAAAUCUCCCAAGAGUGGUGGGCCAGGUCAACCCAGACCUUUCACUGCCGACAAAGUAAUAUCUGAUGAGGAUGUGGAAGCAGCUAUUGCUGUUUUGAAACACUCUGCUGAUGAAGACACUGUCCGUGAGAAGAUGAAAGCUACCUUCAAUUAUCGUCAUUCAAUGGUCAACGAUGAAAAGAGAACAGCAGAUGUCUUCUCAGUCUUCCCGCGGUUUCUCGAUACACAAGGACUGAUAGAACAAGAUUUCAGGCUGCUGUUUGGUGAGCUGACAGCAAACAAGUUUUUGGAAAAGUGGCCCACCAGUCUCAAAGCAAAAGUAAUCACAGAAAGCCAAGGACUUGUACCGAGAACAGAGCUCCUAGAUUUGAUGAGGAAUGCUGAGUCAACUGUUGUGGUUGAGAAUGGCUGGGACAGUGACAUGUCCGCCAUCUUGCUGCUCCUUCAUCUCUUGCCACCAUCUGCCCAGGGUAGGAAGAGGCCAGGGAAGAUGUCGGCUGGAACCAGCGUGCAGCAGCAUCUCAAUAACAUCAGCCAAAGCAGCCAGCCUUACCUCCUCGCUCAGGGGCCCACGAGAAGCAGCAUCCACACCUUCUUCAUUGUCAUCGACAAGUAUGCACUACCAUGUAAGGCAACAGGUUCAGUGGGAGCCCUUGACGAACUCUUUAAGGCCCAUUACAUCUUCGGUACCUCGUACAGUCCUGCCCUUGUCAACUUUUUCACUUUUCUGCAAACAACUAUCUACAACAUUGACGUUGGGGAAACAAAGGAAACUCCCAGAGUUGCCGAAUUGCGAGCAAGAAUAAUGCGUUAAUGUCUGCUUAGAUCAAACAAUGAAGUGCUUUCUCUGCAGAAGUGACCAUGGGAGUCCAAACAGCCUUAUAAAACACCUUAAGGUAAUUCAUGGUCUCUGUACCGGCCGGACUCUUCAUCUUAAAUGUGGCCAAGUAGGAUGUCCGCGUUCUUUUGGUAGCUUUUCUGGCUUUAGAAAGCACUUGAACAAGUGCCACACAAGCAGUUCAUUUGAUUCUGUAGGAGAAGGUGAUUUUUCACCUGACCAAAGUGUUCUUGACACAAAUAAUGCCAAUGAUGUUGAUGUGUUGUCUGACCAUGUAGAGGCAGAGUCUACAUUAUCUGCAGCAGACCUUGUAAAUAGUUGUGCAUCUGUAAUUUCUGAUUUAAAGGCAGCAGAUGUGGGCCAAAGUGUAGUGAAUUCUGUCGUGAUUUCCAUGGAAGAGAUUGUUCAAGAUAUCCAGGAGCAUGCUAAAGAAACUGUUGUUAAGCAUGUAUUCAGUGAUGAAAGAGAAACUGAAACAUGCAAGAAAGUUGAAGCCUGUUUUGAUGAGUUGGAGAAUCCUUUCACAAUUCUUAAUUCAGAAUACAAGCGAUCCAAG